CAACCCCCCACCCCCCCCCCCCCCGGCUUCCCGCAGCAUUGUCGCUCUCGUGCGAUCGGGAGAAAAAGACGAGAUAGAAUAAGAGCGAGCGAUCGGGAGUAGGAGACGAGAGAGAAUAAGAGCGAGAUAGGUAGGACGAAGGGAGAAGUUCGAAACAUGCCGGGCUACGGAGACCCCAAGUCCGAGGUAAUUCCUGAGCGAUUCUCAGGAAUAUGAAAGAGAUUCUUCGAAAAGCAGAGACAGAGAGAGAGAUAUGGGAAGGGAGAAGGGUAGAGGACGAGAACGAGAAAGAGAACGUGAUGAGGAAAGGGAGAGGGAUGGGGAACGAGACAGGGACAUGUAUAGGGAACGAGACAGGGAAAGGGACAGAGACCAUCAUCACAGGGACCAUAGGGAGCGAAGUGAAAGGAGAGAGCAUAGCCGCAGGAAAUCUGAUGAUCGUGGCCAUCACCAUACCCAAGAUCAUGAAAGGUAUAGGGAUUAUGAUAGAGACAGAGAUGAGUAUCAUAGCCAUAGGUCUCGAUCAUGGUCAAGGGGUAGAUCUCAUCAUAGAUCACAGUCGAGGGGUAGAUCUGGUCAUAGAUCAAGGUCUCGUUCGCGCUCAAGAUCAAAGAGCAAACGUAUUAGCGGUUUUGACAUUCCACCUGCAACUACUAUGAUACCUGGUGCAGUUGUUGCAGGUCAGAUGACUGGGGCCACAAAUGCUGGGGCCACAAAUGCCAGUAUGGGGAUGUUUCCAAUCAUGUUUCCAUCAACAGCUGGACAGGCAACUCGACAUGCUCGGCGUGUUUAUGUUGGAGGCCUUUCUGCUACUGCUAAUGAGCAGUCAGUUGGUGCCUUUUUUAAUCAAGUUAUGGCUGCAAUUGGAGGAAACACUGCUGGGCCAGGUGAUGCUGUUGUUAAUGUGUAUAUAAAUCAUGAGAAGAUGUUUGCUUUUGUUGAAAUGAGGUCAGUGGAAGAGGCAAGCAAUGCGAUGGCCUUGGAUGGCAUCAUAUUUGAGGGGGCACCUGUGAAAGUGAGAAGGCCAACUGAUUACAACCCUGCUCUUGCUGCUACACUUGGCCCAAGCCAACCCAACCCCAAUCUUAAUCUCGCUGCAGCUGGGCUUACACCAGGUUCUGCUGGUGUGCUUGAUGGUCCUGAUCGUAUUUUUGUGGGUGGGAUUCCACAAUUUUUUACAGAAGAAAAGCUACGAGAGUUGCUCGAGAUGUUUGGACCUCUUCGAGGUUUUAGUCUCGUUAAGGACAGGGAAACUGGUAAUUCAAAAGGCUAUGCCUUCUGUGUUUACCAGGACCCCGCGGUCACAGACAUUGCAUGUGCAGCGCUAAAUGGCAUCAAAAUGGGAGAUAAAACCUUUACUGUUAGACGUGCAAACCAAAGUGUAGCCCAGGCUAGGCCGGAGCAAGAAAAUGUGUUACUACAGGGACAACAGCAGGUGCCGUUGCAGAAGCUUGCGUACCAAAUGGUGCCCCUUCCAACCAAGGUGGUAUGCUUAACACAGGCUGUUAGUCCAGACGAACUUGAAAAUGAUGAAGAAUAUGUAGAUAUUGUGGAAGAUAUGAGAAGUGAAGGAGAGAAAUAUGGUAAACUGGUAAACGUCAUCAUUCCUCGACCAGGUCCUGGUGGAGAACCAUCUCCUGGAGUUGGAAAGGUAUUCUUGGAAUAUGCAGACACAGAAGGAUCUUCGAAAGCCAGGCAGGGGAUGCAUGGAAGGAAAUUCGGGGGGAAAGAAGUUGUUGCUAUCUAUUACCCAGAGGGCAAGUUUGCCCAAGGAGAAUACGAUGACUAAUUGCUCGUUUCUCUUGAAUUCUUUUUCCGUAGCACCUUAAUUCACUGCCCAUCUGAGAUGGUGAUGAGGGUUUUCCGGAGGCUCUGGUGCAAUUGGAGUUGUACAAUAUUAGUUUAAUUUAUGUAUGAAGGAAAUAUGCGUUUUUGGCACCCUAUACUGUUAGGAUAACUCACAUGACACAGAAGCAUGUCAAAAUAUUCUGAUAUGUUCCAAAAGUAAGGGUUCAUAUGAGUAGUGCAUUGGUAUUGAUCCUUCAGGAA